AUGGACGACACCUCAACAACAAACAGCGUAACAUUCCAAGCCCUCUAUCGCAUCCCCUUCCGCUACCUCUACAUACCCGGCUUGUACAUCCUGCUACUCGGUUUCUUCACCUUCGGCCACGCAUUGCACACGGUGUUCACGCACCAGGACCCAGGCGGAUACUACAAGUUCUUGAUCUGGCUCGUCCUCGUGUUUGGGUACUUCGUGUCUCAAGCCGGCGCCCAUCUCUGUGUGAUCUGGCUCACCUUCAGGGACCUGCAGUUGCCGGAUAUGAGAGUCAUGACCGAUUCUGCAAAGCGCACAAACAAGGUUCUCCGGAGCAUCGCUAAGCUCGUUCCGUGGCGCUACGCGUAUAUACCUGGUCUGUCUCUUGUCGUUCUCGGCAUCCACGUUCUUACGCAAACACUGCGCUUGCAUCAGGCGCAUUCUGGUCCUGCGGACUGGGAUACGAUGUUACACAUUCAUUUUCGCACGGUGCAGGGAGUGUGCCUCGAAUUGGCAGGCUUUGUUGUUUGUAUGGGGUCGUAUGUUUUCAAGGGUGUGGAAUUGGAGGAUGCAGAAGAGACGCAGCAGAAGGGCCAAGAUAUCAGCAGCGGGGACACUUUUGAUCGGAAAGUGGACCUUCCAAGCAAGAAUGACGGUGCUCGUUGA